AUGUCAGGCGCAGAAGCACAAGCUGCCCGUCAGCCGGGAAGUGGAACGCUUUUGCUAAUCUUGAUCCAACUCGCCUCCAGAGCGCUCACCUUCAUCGGCAACCAAUUCCUCCUUCGCUUUCUCUCGCCCUCGCUAUUGGGGAUCGCUGUCCAGCUCGAGCUUGUCUCCGUAACAAGUCUGUAUUUUGCACGAGAGAGUCUUCGUGUCGCUUUGCAACGACAGCGUCCGUCUUCUCAGUCGCCGAAAUCUAUUUCUGCCAGGGAGGGAAAGUGGAAUGUCGAGGGAACAGAGACGCAAACUGUUGUCAACCUCUCCCACCUAGCAGUGCUUCUGGGCUUGGUUAUCUCGACCAUAUUUGGUUAUUUAUAUCUCCGGAGUGCACCAGAUGAAGUCCUGAAUAGCCCCUACUUUGAUGUCUCAUUUCAGAUCUACGCGGCGGCCACUCUGAUUGAACUACUCGCCGAACCAGCCUUCGUCGUCAUCCAGCAGAAAGCUCUAUACAAAGAUAGGGCACGGGCAGAGACCAGUGCUGCAAUGGCACGAUGUCUCUCAGCUUGCAUCGUCGCCGUUCUGGGACACCGGAGGGGCCUGGCUCCUUCGAUCUUACCCUUUGCCGCGGGACAGGCGGCAUAUGCCGUCACCCUUUUGGCUCUUUACUCCCUGUCAACGAUAAAACUGUCGAAAGCCGAAAAUUUCAGCCUCGUCCCGACGCGAAUACUUUCGCCUUCGCGACAGCAGAUAUACUACUUCAAACUCUUUCACAAGGCAAUCCUCUCUCUCGCAGCGACCAUGUACAUGCAGUCCGUUUUCAAACUGCUCCUGACCCAAGGCGACGCCCUGAUCUUGAGUUUCCUUUCCUCUCUCGCAGACCAAGGCGCCUUCGCCCUAGCCUCCAACUACGGCGGCCUUCUAGCGCGCCUAGUCUUUCAGCCCGUGGAGGAGAGCAGUCGAAAUACAUUCGGACGACUUCUCUCUCCGUCCUCAUUGAGCAAGACCACAGCCCCACCACCCUCACACUCACCAAAGAACAAGAUCCGCCCCAACGAGGAUACAAACAACACCCGUCUCGUUCUCUCCUACCUCUCCACAACCCUACGCAUCUACCUCCUCUUCUCGCUCCCCUUACUCAGCCUCGCCCCGCAAAUCCUCCCCUUUCUCAUCCCCUACAUCCUCUCCCCUCAAUGGCGUACCCCAUCGACAUCCCUCCUCCUCUCGACCUAUUGCUACUACAUCCCGCUGAUGGCCGUCAACGGCAUCCUCGACGCCUUCGUCACGAGCGUCGCCACCUCGGCCCAGCUGCGCAGCCAGAGCCUCUGGAUGCUGGUGUUCACGGGGAUUUACGGCGUCGCGGCAUGGGCCAUGUUGAAGGUGUGGGCGGUGGGCAGCGUCGGUCUCGUGGGCGCCAACAUGGUGAACAUGGGCCUGAGGAUUCUGUGGAGCGUGGCAUUUUUGAAGACCUGGGUCACGACGCAGGCGCAACGUGAGGUGGACGACAGGUCCGAGUCCAAGUCCGGACGAAACGGGGGCUGGGAGGCCAAGGAGAUGAUGAUGCUCAAUGACGCGAUGCCGGCAAAAGCGGGCAUCGCUGUCGCCGUGCUUGUGACCCUCGGGUUGAGAAUGAGUGGCUCUUUCACAACAUCAGACGCUGGGAAAGGGGGAUUGGAUCUCCAGUUUCUUGCUUUCUGGAUUACUGGUGCGAUACUCCUGGGUUCUACCAUGUGA